CUCAAUCUUAUCCUCAUAAAUACGCGGAACAUCAUCAUUGCCUAUUGGCCUUCCGUAUUUCCCAAAAAUUUGGUACCCAAAAGCAACAUCAUUACAUAAAAACAAAACUACAUAAAAGAUUGAGAAAUUUGGGCCACAGGGCAAUUAUAGCUCCCUGCAUUCAGCCAUGGCAGCAACUUCCUCUUCUAUGGCUUUGGCAAAGUUUUCCAUGUUGGGUUAUGUUGGAGGAGGGAGGAAAGAAGUGGGAAAGAGAAGGGGGUUUUCCAUAUCAGCAGCUCAGCAGCCAGAAGUCCAAGAACCACAAGAGGUGGAGGUGCAGGAAGGGAAAGGGUUGAAAAAGGAGAAAAUAAAGCCAAAGGGAACCACACCAAGGCCAGUGGAAAAACAAGUGAAUGUGCAGAGCAAGAACAUGGGCAGAGAAUAUGGAGGGGAUUGGCUUAGCAGUGUGACGAGGCAUGUGAGGAUCUAUGCAGCUUACAUUGACCCAGAAACCUGUGCUUUUGAUCAGACACAGAUGGAUAAGCUCACCAUUAUCCUGGACCCCACCAAGGAGUUUGUGUGGACUUCUGAGACCUGCAAUAAGGUCUACUCCUACUUCCAAGAGCUUGUAGAUCACUAUGAGGGUGCCCCAUUGACAGAAUAUACUCUGCGUCUGAUUGGUUCGGAUAUAGAGCACUACAUAAGGAAGCUGCUAUAUGAUGGAGAAAUUAAAUACAACAUGGAUGCAAGAGUCCUCAACUUCAGCAUGGGCAAGCCUCGCAUUAUGUUCAAUAACAAUGAUAUCCAACCUCAGGAUGUACAAUGAUAAGAUCCAAGCUCACUGGCUGGAGAAAGAAAAUGUAUAUUUUAUAUUAGACUGUCGUAUGAAAACGGCUUCCCUUCUAUCUGUUCUUAAUCAUUGAAGGUUAACUUUUAUGGAGAAAAAGAAAAAUAUACGUCUGACUUCGAGAGUCAAA